AUGACCAAGCACGAGUUUGAGGUGGCCAUGACGUGUGAAGGUUGUUCUGGAGCCGUCACCAGAAUCCUCAACAAACUCGGAGACGAAGUAAAGUUUGAAAUAGAUUUGCCCAAAAAAAGUGAAGUACAACGGAGCCAAGUGAAGACUCAUUCUCUGCUGAAGUUUAACCUGCUCUCACAAAACGCACAACAGCGCCCCCUGCUGUCCACAGACCUCCAUCACAGCUGCACAGGUCCACAACAAAGGCACUCUGUUUACAACCGAUCCAUAAAUCAUACUUUUAACUGA